AAUGCGAAUAUGGUCCAUGCGCGCAGACGGACGUCGCUGCUGAGUGGCCUCGCGAACAUUUCACUGAAUAUCAACAAGGCCAUUGCCGCAGAGCCCAACAAAGAACACGCCCGAAAAAUGUCAACGACGGAUAUGGUUCGUGUGCGCGAGUGUGAGCGUGAGCGUGAGCGUGAGCGUGAGCGUGAGCGUGAGCGUGAGUGUGAGCGUGUGUGUGUGCGUGUGCUUCUCUGCAUUGGCAUAGGCGUAUGGGGAGAAUUAACAGUACUCAAUUACGUUUCCGACAAGCAUUUGUAA